AUGACCGCUAUGGCAUCCACGACUCCAGCACUGGCACCUCCAUCAUACGACACCCUCCCUCCUCGCCCCUCAUCUUCUCCUCCCUUUAUACCCCAGGAACCUCCGAGUUACUCCAACCAGCCCAGCCCAGACGAAGAGACCGUCGCAUACACGCCGCGCGGUCCGGCUGGUGCACCACAUCCUCAAGGCACUUUCGUGAGGAAGUGGCCACAGGCAACGCUCAUCCUUACCGAUCAAGAGGAGGGUACAAGACUACCUACGUACGGCCGUGGAGGAAAAAUUAUGGGCGAGCUUGGUUUGGCGAGCGCGGAGAGGGUUGUCAGGGUUUCCGUCAAGGUGGGUAGCCUUUGUUUUGAGAGGGCUGGGUUGCGGACUUUUCGUUCUGAGGUUAUAGUCGGAGGACUGGCGUGCCGUGCUACUAGAGCGCGUAGGACCGAUUUCUCGUCCUUGCUCUCCAUUCCCAUUCAUUUGUUCCCGGGACGAACGUUGACGCUGAUCCUUACCUCUCUUUGA